AUGGAAAAAAUCAAACUGUACGAAGAAUUUAAGUUGAUCGAAAAAACUGAGGCUGAAGUGAACGGAGCAUGGAAAGGCGCUCAAUUGCUACUAUUCUUCAUGGCUUUUGUAUUUGGAUCGUUCUGCACGUUUUGCUUCCACAUGAUAAUGUAUCUCUUCGAUGAGAAGUGCGUUCUUUUCCCGAAGCUGUUGUCACUGACUUCUCUGAGACAUCACCUUAUCUAUGAAUUCAUUCCAGAUGAAAAAAUGGCCGAGAUGUUGCCCGUGGAUUUUCUGAGCACACAAUGGAUAGACAAGAGUGCUUGUUACCUGCCCACAUACGUACCGCUAGUCUCUGGAAUCUUCGGCCUAGUAUGGACCACAAUGUUCCUCAUGUGCUCCGCCAGCAGUCGCACCCUCACCGGUUUACAGAGGCCGUGGCGGGUGCUGCCUCCCGUAUUCGUCUUCUCGUCGCUGAUGGGUGGCCUCUGUGUGUACGCAUCCGCCGUCACUCAGCUCGGCCUUGACGAACUCUGUCUGAAGCUAGGUGAGAUCACGGGAAGUACCACGUGCACAUACACAGUGAACGUAGCAACAUUAGCUUAUGAGCGACGUAUCCGCGGCGUGUACCAAGCAACGCAGCUGACAGUGGCGGCGGCCUGGCUGCACACCGCUUGCUGGCUAAUGUCCGCGCUGCUAGCGCUCGUCCGCGUCAUCCUCGCCGUGGACUUCCACCUCGUGCGCGUUACCACGCACCUCCAGGGCGAUAUAGACAAGAUGCUGCAACGAUAUGAAAGACACGUGCGGACAGUUACACCCGAUUUUAAGGAUACCAAAGAUUAUAGCUUAUCGUACAGCGUAACGCGAGUUCAUUUCAAGAGACCUUUUGGUUCUAGAAGCCCUGAAGGCGAGACUUUAUACAUUUCCAGGCGACCUCAAUAUAAAUCUGAAACAUCUUUAGUUGCCGAGGAACAAAGCAAACUGCGCAGACAAACCGUAUAUAAAGGUGUUCCUAAAGAAAAUCACUUUAUUUUAGAUUUCCUAUAUGACAUAUUAGACACGAUAAACUUAUCCCCGUCAUCAAAGGAAUCAUCAUUAAGCUUUGAUGACGAUGAUUCAUCCGUAUCUUUAAUUAUCCGUCAAUACGGACAAGAAAGAAUAAAAUCACAAUCAGAGGCAUACCGUUCACCCGGAGGAUCCCAAGAAUAUUUAUCAAUAGAUCUUCGCGAAGAAGAAGAGAUAUUCAGCGAGAUAAAAAGAAAUAUAAUGCAACACCUGGAUACAACUUUAGAUAAAAUACAAUCUGAACGUGUUAUUACUCCUUUAAAUGAAGAAAGUUUUGUAUCGGUACUAAAUAUAACGCCUGAUUUGAAAGAAAUUUUGGAAAAGAAAGCGCAGGAACUGAAACAAGAAGAAUUUUCUGAGGAGGUUAAGAAGACAGAUGAAAACAAAAUAGAAGAGAAACAAGAAAUUGAUGACGCUCCCGGCGUUGGCUCGACUGAUGAGCAAAAAGAAGAGGUAAAGCCUCGGAAAAAAGAAAAACAGGAUUAA